UCAGCGGCGUCGGUCAUGAAAUAACUCGUAAACUUCUUUUAAUUACUUAAAAUAUCGAAAAACAAAGGAAAAACAGACGAACCAUCAAUCUGAGAGUAAAUCAAGAUUAAUCCCAUGUGGAAACAACACUUCUUCCAACCUGAGUAAUUGAAUCGCAAUGUACCGCUGUUACGCUCUGUGAAACCUGUCUAUAAUUUUUCACACUGUUUUGCGUCUUGGCAAUAAAAUGUGUGCCCAUCAUGAGCGAUGCUUUAUAAGUAAGUGGGUAUGUCAUUGAGAUCUAUGUUUUAGAGUUUAGAUUUAGUCUGCAAAUGGGUUCUGAUUACUGGGUCUCUGGAGAGCAGAUCCAGUCCAAUACGUGUAAAAUGUCAGCUGGGUUUUUAACGGUUUAGAAAUUUGAUUGUGAGGAGCAGUGCAUUUUGUGGAUUCUUCUUGUUUUGGAAGAUGAUAUUGAAGUAAAAAGAAAAGUAUCUUAACGGGGUUCUAGGAGCCACUGAUCUCACAAAAGAGACACAGAUUUGGUGUUGGGGAUAACUUGUAAAGGUCUUUCAGCAUUGUGGUGUUGCGUUGUGCAGGUAAGCAAGCAUCCUCUUUAUAUUUCUGCAUUGCCCUUGAAAUCAGAUAUAGAUAUAUAGUCAUAGAUACAAUAUAAUAUAGAUAUAGAUCUGUAUUUGUGAUGAGGGAGACCGGCAGGAGGGUUCUACCCUCGACAAGGGGUGUUCCGAAUGGGAGAUCCUUUGGGAUGCCCAGGGCCAAGCAGUUAAAGAAGACCUGCAACAAUUUCAAAAUCACAAUCCUGUGUGGGUUUGUGACUAUACUUGUCUUGAGAGGCACCAUUGGGGUAGGUAAUUUUGGUGGUGGGGAUGCGGGCGAAGUUAGUGAGAGUGUGGCAAAGCAAAAUGCCAGGGUGUUGGAAGAAAUUCGGCACGAACCUGAUGAUGAAGAGGAUCAAAUGCAAUUGAAGAUUGAUCCCAAUUCAACAUUUGUUUAUAGUCUAGGGCCCAAGAUUAGUGACUGGGAUCAGCAAAGAGAAACUUGGUUAAAGGAAAAUCCCCAAUUUCCUAGUUCUAUCAAUGGAAGGUCUAGGAUUUUGCUUGUCACUGGCUCUCCACCUAGUCCAUGUGAUAACCCAGUUGGGGAUCACUAUCUGCUGAAGUCAAUCAAGAACAAGAUAGAUUAUUGCAGGCUCCAUGGCAUUGAGAUCGUCUACAACAUGGCCCAUUUGGACAAGGAGAUGGCUGGUUACUGGGCUAAGUUGCCUCUGAUCCGAAGGCUUAUGUUGUCUCAUCCCGAAGUUGAAUGGAUAUGGUGGAUGGACAGUGACGCUAUGUUCACCGAUAUGGUUUUUGAGCUUCCCUUGGAAAAGUACAAGGAUUAUAAUUUCAUCCUUCAUGGUUGGGACAAAGAAAUUUAUGGUAGAAAGUCAUGGAUUGGAUUGAAUACGGGUAGUUUCCUUCUCCGAAAUUGUCAAUGGUCUUUAGAUGUGUUGGAUGCAUGGGCACCAAUGGGUCCAAAGGGUCAGAUCAGAGAUGAAGCGGGUAGGGUACUGACUGCUUUUUUUGAGGGUAGGCCGGCAUUUGAGGCAGACGACCAAUCUGCUCUGAUAUAUAUGUUCAUAACUCAAAAGAAACUCUGGGGCGAUAAAGUUUUUCUAGAGAACUCUUAUUAUCUUCAUGGCUUUUGGGUGGGUGUGGUGGACAAGUAUGAAGAAAUGGUGCGAAAUUACCAUCCAGGAUUUGGAGAUGACAGGUGGCCUUUUGUGACUCAUUUUGUGGGGUGCAAGCCUUGUGGUAGCUAUGCAGAUUACCCUCUUGAACGCUGUCUGAAGAGUAUGGAGAGGGCUUUCAAUUUUGCAGACAACCAAAUACUACAGAUUUAUGGUUUCCGGCACCAGAAGUUGGGUUCAGCUAAAGUCAAGCGGACUAGGAAUGAGACUGCACUGCCUCUUGAAGUCAAAGAUGAAUUCAACAUUCAACAUCCUUCAUUCACUGGACAAAAGAGCCUUUGAUCUAUCGAAAUAUGCAUUCAUGAAUAUCUCCACAAAAUGUAGAUGCAUUACUUCUUUGGAGUUUUUUUGUUUUUUCAAACAUUGUAAGGAAAGAGUGUGGUGGUGUUAAUCUAAUUUAUUCUUUGUUUUUUCCCUACUACAAGCAAAUAUGUUGGUCUCUAGUGCUAGGUUUUUAAUUUAAGGAAGACUUGAAAUGGCGUGUUAUUCAAAAGUCAUUUUAACUGAUGUUCAGGAGAAUUCUGUAUUUCUGUGCAAGUCCUUUAUAGAUUCUGUCCGGUAAUCUUUUACUAAGAUUUGGUGAAGCUAGACAGAAACACAGUAUUUGAAUUGGGGCAGUUUUUGUAUACCUCAAUUUUGCAUGCAUUUUGUAACAGGUCUCGGUCACAGAUUCCUAAAUUGGUUUUCACUUUUCAGUGUGGUAACUAAUUCUGGAUACUUACGUUGAGUUUGAUGUGGCUGCAAGGUCCUAUGAUGCUUAGAUUAGUUAUGAACAGAUGAUUAAUGUCACUGUGUUCCUUCGUAGCAUGUAAUUCUAUAUGAAUUUCUUGAAUUGCCACUAUUUCUCCUGCUUACUAAGUUA